GAAAAUUAAAACCAAACCCAGCAUUUUACUUCAGAAAAAAAGAAAAUUUGACCUGCAAGGCUGGUUUGAAACCUCUCUUUUCCACUCUUUGAGAACCUUAAGAGACAGAGAGACAGAGAGAGAGAAUUAAUCCGAAAGUAAAGUGAAUCUGAUGGCUCGCCAAACCCUAGCGAAGCUCGUUGGCUCCAUCGCAUCACGCCGAGCUGCGGCUUCUUCUUCUCAGUCUCGCCAUUAUGCUGCAGCGGCGGCGGCGAAUCAGCCGGCUGUUUUCGUCGACAAGAACACUCGCGUUAUCUGCCAAGGCAUCACUGGUAAAAACGGCACGUUUCACACCGAACAAGCCAUCGAAUACGGCACCAAAAUGGUGGGCGGUGUGACGCCGAAGAAGGGCGGAACGGAACACUUGGGGCUGCCUGUUUUCAACUCUGUGGCUGAAGCCAAGGCUGAGACGAAGGCUAAUGCUUCAGUCAUUUAUGUUCCUCCACCGUUUGCGGCGGCUGCUAUUAUGGAGGCUAUGGAAGCUGAGUUGGAUCUUGCUGUUUGUAUCACUGAGGGCAUCCCUCAACAUGAUAUGGUACGAGUGAAGGCUGCUCUCAACCAGCAAUCUAAAACUCGGCUUAUUGGUCCAAACUGCCCCGGUAUCAUCAAGCCUGGAGAAUGUAAAAUUGGGAUUAUGCCUGGGUACAUUCAUAAACCUGGGCGUAUUGGAAUCGUUUCUCGAUCUGGUACAUUGACCUAUGAAGCAGUUUUUCAAACAACUGCUGUUGGCCUUGGACAAUCAACCUGUGUAGGUAUAGGUGGGGAUCCUUUUAAUGGGACUAACUUUGUUGAUUGCAUUGAGAAGUUCCUAGUUGAUCCCCAGACAGAAGGGAUUGUUCUUAUAGGAGAGAUAGGUGGAACUGCAGAAGAAGAUGCUGCCGCCUUAAUUAAGGCAAGUGGAACUGAAAAGCCUGUUGUUGCUUUUAUUGCUGGACUCACUGCUCCCCCUGGCCGUCGUAUGGGUCAUGCUGGAGCUAUUGUGUCGGGCGGGAAGGGCACAGCACAAGACAAAAUUAAGACCCUUAAGGAAGCUGGCGUAACGGUGGUAGAGUCUCCUGCAAAAAUUGGUGCUGCCAUGCUUGAAGUUUUCAAGCAAAGGGGCCUGGCAAGUUAGUUUGGGAAAAUAUAUAUCUAAGUUAAAUGUUCUAUACUCAUUUUUAUACCCUAUCCAAACUAUUUUGAUGCUCUGCGUUUAUCUUAAAAUUGAUUUUGAUUUUGGUAGAGUUCUUGGGAGAUUGAAGUUCUCCCUUUGUCAAAAAAAUGACAUGGGAUUGAUUAUACAUUCAAUAAUAAGCAUUUUUUUCUCCA